GGCAGUGCCCGGACCCCUACACCCAGAUAGUGUCACACAAGACAGCAGAGAGGCAAAGACAUAAAGUGGAGGCAGUGUGGCAGAGAGGGAGAGAAAUAUAGAGGGUGUGUAGGGAUGCCAACCAAAACCAAAAUUUUCGGAUACAAAGAAGCAUGUGACGAUGUCAGAUAACAUGACUGAAUACAGAAAUGAAGUGGAAACCAUAUAUGCAGAGAGAGACGGGGCUGUAUUUGAUCAGUGGGAAACCGCUCUGCUGCUAGAGAAGGGCGACGCUGCCACCAGUUUCCUCCGCGCAGCUCGCUCAGGUAAUCUGGAAAAGGCUCUAGAACACAUCAAGAAUGGGAUUGACAUCAACACAGCCAAUCAGAAUGGGCUCAAUGGGCUGCAUUUGGCCUCGAAAGAAGGCCAUGUUAAAAUGGUGCUGGAACUCCUGCACCAUGGUAUUGUACUUGAGACAGCCACAAAGAAAGGAAAUACUGCGCUUCACAUUGCUGCAUUAGCUGGACAGGAACAAGUCAUCACAGAGCUUGUCAACUAUGGAGCCAAUGUCAAUGCUCAGUCCCAGAAGGGCUUCACUCCACUCUACAUGGCUGCACAAGAGAAUCACCUGGAGGUUGUGAAGUUUCUCCUGGACAAUGGAGCCAAUCAGACCAUUCCAACUGAGGAUGGCUUUACCCCUCUUGCUGUGGCUCUUCAGCAGGGCCAUGAGAAUAUGGUGGCCCUGCUCAUCAACCACGGUACAAAGGGCAAGGUCCGCCUUCCUGCACUGCAUAUCGCUGCCCGAAAUGAUGACACCCGAACUGCCGCUGUGCUUUUACAGAAUGACCCAAAUGCUGAUGUCUUAAGCAAGACAGGCUUCACGCCACUCCAUAUAGCGGCCCACUAUGAGAACCUGAAUGUAGCCCAGCUUCUCCUAAACAGAGGAGCUGAUGUGAACUUCACACCCAAGAAUGGGAUCACACCUCUACAUAUUGCAGCAAGGAGAGGAAAUGUUAUCAUGGUCAGACUUCUGCUUGACAGGGGAGCAAAGAUUGACGCUAAGACUAAAGAUGAGUUAACUCCUCUUCACUGUGCUGCCAGAAAUGGCCAUGUAAGAAUAAUUGAGAUCCUUCUGGACCAAGGAGCCCCAAUACAGGCCAAGACAAAAAACGGCCUUUCACCCAUACAUAUGGCAGCCCAGGGUGAUCAUUUGGACUGCAUCAGACAGCUGUUACAGUACAAUGCAGAGAUUGAUGACAUCACUCUAGACCACCUUACACCACUGCAUGUGGCGGCACACUGUGGACAUCAUCGUGUGGCCAAAGUACUCCUGGAUAAAGGAGCCAAACCUAACACUCGUGCUCUGAAUGGCUUCACACCUCUCCAUAUUGCCUGUAAGAAGAACCACAUGCGAGUAAUGGACCUACUGUUGAAGCAUUCUGCAUCUUUGGAGGCUGUUACAGAGUCUGGGUUGACCCCACUGCAUGUGUCCUCCUUUAUGGGUCAUCUGAACAUAGUGAAGAUACUGAUGCAGAAAGGAGCUUCCCCACACGCCUCAAACGUGAAAGUGGAAACGCCUCUGCACAUGGCAUCUCGAGCAGGUCACUGUGAAGUUGCUGAGUUCCUCUUACAAAAUGCAGGCCCAGUUGAUGCUAAAGCCAAGGAUGACCAGACGCCGCUACACUGUGCUGCCCGCAUGGGCCACAACGAGAUGGUGAAUCUGCUCCUGGAGCACAAGGCCAACCCCAACUCCACCACAACAGCAGGACACACCCCACUGCACAUCGCUGCCCGUGAGGGGCACACACAAACUGCCAGCAUCCUAAUUGACAUGAAUGCCCAGCUAACCAAAAUGACCAGGAAGGCCUUCACUCCACUUCAUGUGGCAGCCAAAUAUGGAAAAGUAGAUGUAGCAGCACUGCUUUUAGAGAGAGGGGGUAACCCAAAUGCUGCAGGCAAGGUUGGACUCACACCAUUACAUGUGGCUGUCCAUCAUAACAACCUGGAUGUGGUUAAUCUGUUGCUCAGUAAAGGUGGAUUACCACACAGUGCAGCUCGGAAUGGCUAUACUCCACUCCAUAUCGCUUCCAAGCAGAACCAGUUGGAGGUUGCCAGCAGUCUUCUGCAGCAUGGAGCCUCUGCCAAUGCUGAGUCACUACAAGGGGUCACACCCUUACACCUCGCCUCCCAGGAGGGUCAACAAGACAUGGUGUUGUUGCUCAUCUCCAAACAGGCGAAUGUAAAUCUGGGCAACAAGAGUGGACUGACUCCCCUACAUCUUGUAGCUCAGGAAGGGCAUGUUGGCAUUGCUGAUAUACUGGUGAAGCAUGGGGCGUCUGUCUACGCUGCCACACGGAUGGGUUAUACUCCACUUCAUGUGUCUUGUCAUUAUGGCAAUAUCAAGAUGGUUAAGUUCCUUUUACAGCAACAGGCCAACGUAAACAGCAAAACCAGGAUGGGGUAUAUGCCGCUACAUCAGGCUGCGCAGCAGGGCCAUACAGACAUUGUGACACUGCUCCUGAAGCAUGGAGCACAACCCAAUGAAACCACAUCCAAUGGCAUAUCUGCUCUUGCGAUUGCAAAGCGCCUUGGUUACAUCUCAGUCAUUGAUGUGCUUAAACUGGUCACAGAAGAGACAGUUGCCAUGACCACCACAGAAAAACAUCGCAUGAGUUUCCCAGAGACAGUUGAUGAGAUCUUGGAUGUGUCUGAAGAUGAAGGUAUUGCACAGCUAACGUUAGGCGAGGAGCUACUGGGAACAGAGGGUGCCAGGUACAUGAAGAUGGAAGACAUAAAGGACCAUGAUGAGGAUUUCCUGUCCCCCAAGAAAGUUCUAGAGAAUCAUUCUCCUGCUAUUCCUCGGAUCCCAUUUGGGUCUCCUGAAACAGUCAUGCUGAAAGAACAUGACCUGGAACAGCAGCACACGCCACUCCCUUUGCCCAAGGAGUUUGAUGAGGAUUCCCUGAUCCCCAGCAGUCCGGCCACAGAGACAUCAGAUAAUGUCAGUCCAGUAGCAAGCCCUAUCCACACUGGUUUCCUGGUGAGUUUCAUGGUGGAUGCUCGUGGUGGCUCAAUGCGAGGGAGUAGACAUAACGGCCUACGUGUCAUCAUACCUCCACGCACCUGCGCUGCUCCAACACGCAUCACCUGCCGCCUUGUGAAGCCUCAAAAACUCUCGACACCACCUCCUCUGGUUGAGGGUGAGGGGCUCGCCAGCCGUAUCAUCUCGCUUGGUCCAGCUGGCAUGCAGUUUUUAGGGCCUGUGAUUGUGGAGAUUCCCCAUUUUGCUGCGCUUGGUCGGGGAGAUCGUGAGCUUGUGGUCUUGAGGAGUGAGAACGGAUCAGUUUGGAAGGAACAUCGUAAUCGUUAUGGUGAUGAAGUCUUGGAGACCAUCCUCAAUGGCAUGGAUGAAGAUCUCGAGAGUCAGGAGGAACUUGGGAAGAAGAGGAUCAGGCGCAUCAUCUCCACUGACUUCCCUCUCUAUUUUGCCGUGGUGUCCCGCAUCCAGCAGGAGAAUGAUCUGAUUGGCCCAGAGGGGGGUUAUCUCACUAGUAAGCUGGUGCCCAUGGUCCAGGCCAGCUUUUCUGAGACGGCCGUCACCAAGCGGGUUCGUCUUGGACUGCAGGUGAGAUUGGAGGAUGUGAAUGAGGAAGAGGUGAUGGAAAAUGGAGGAAGCUUAUCGCCUACAUAUUAACAUAAUGCAUUCAGCAGAUGGUUAGGUUUUUCUGAUCUUUUUCCUGUUUGAUCAUACUUCUGACAAAUUAAGAUUGAGAUAUGAAUUGUGCAUAUUUAAUUUAAUCUUGUUCUUUUUGAAUGCGGAUUAAUGUAAUUUUGUUAGUGUUUUUUGAAUGAGAUUGAAAAUGGUAAUGAAUGAUGAAGUGUGGUAUGGCAUGAUAUCUGUCUAAUUCCUGUUUUGUUCAAACAUAGUUUAUAUCAACGGAAUAGCAUGUAUUGGCAGUGUUGAUGAACUAGAUGCAAUAUUAAAUUCAUAUUAUGCUCAGGACAGUUCAUAAACAAUUUGGACUAAAUUCAAUAUCACUUUUAUGAUACUUGGAAAAAACAUACAAUUUCCAAGGCUUAAAUUGCAAUAGUUUUUUUGUGUAGCAAAUAUGUUUGUAGUGCAGUGCAUAGUAACAUAACACAUGCAACCCAAUGGAUGGAACAUUUGUCUGAAUGUAUCAGUAUCUUGGCAGGUUUUGUUAAGCAAGAUUUAAGUUAUACGGAGAGUAAAUGACAUGAGUGCAAGUUAAAGCUUAAUGGCAAUUUGGAGUUUAAAUGAAGUAUUUAGUUGGAUGAAGGGCCUUCUUUCUGUUUUAUUAAAAAUAUCCGAAGCACCUUAUAAAAAUAAUUUUUUAGAAGAUUAACACAUUGUAAAGUAUAAGUACUGUACUAGACAGCUUUUGAAAAAAAAAAAAAAAAAGAUUAUAUUAGAUUUUUAAAAACUAGCUAAUACCAAAUCUUUUUCAAGUUCAAUUUAAAUAAAAUUUUAUAUUUUGAAUUUUUAUACAUUUUUAUAUUUUUAUUUUAAACACGUAGAAUGGAAUGAUCAUGUGUUUACUUUUGCCAUGUAUGUGUAACCAUCGUCUCCUACAUUACCAAAGCUGAUUCUUGUUUUUAACCUAUUAUUUGUUAAAUCAUUUAUUACAGUUGAUAAAUUAAUUAUAGUUCUAUUUUCAUUUUCAUUAUUUGUAUUUAUGUAUUUGAUUUUUUAUUUGAUUUUUUUGUUUGUUUUUUUGUUUGUUUUUUUAGAAAAGUGACCUAAUUAUCAAAAUCAAUUGACACCCUUAAUCAGUUCUCACUGUGCUGAAUUGUAAACAUUACAAACACUGGAACUCAAAAUCAGCCAUUAACAGGUUCUUAAUAGUUGACAUAUUUUGCAGCAGUAACAUUUUAAAGUAUUUGUUUUUUAGUGAUGUUUACCUAUAAUUAUUGGAAGGUUUUCCCCAGGAAGUUCAGGUCGGUUACAUAACAUGUGCAGACUGACACUGACCAAAACUGUACCGCAGAUUCUCAACUUGGAUCAGAAUUUUGGGCAACUGUAGAACAAGCUUUACGAUGACCCUUUAUACUAUUUUUCCUUAAUGGUUUACAAUAGCAUGCAACUGUUAAGGUAAUUGUGUACUCGUUUGAAUUUUUUUCAUGAAAACCUUUGAAAGUUCCAGGGCAAAAGGCUUACAUGCUGGAAAACAUGACAGAGUUGUUCCUAUAAAAUAACUAAUAGCAUUUUCUGAUACUGUUGUCAUAGAACAUUUUACUAAUAAUUAAUUCAAAUGUGAGAACUGGUCAAGGAUUGAAGUACUCUGAAUUUGAAGUACUAGCCUACUGUCACAUUAACACUUAGGAAUCAGUGACAGCAUACCUGACCAAUUUUGACUUGUAAACAUAUAACAUCAUGAUUAUGAUGAGUUGCACACUCAAAGAUCUUCAAAAGCUUUAUAAUUAUACAGGGUUACAUUGUUGUGUCUGUGUGCUUAAUUUCUUCUGCAAGUGAUGAAUUUCAAAUCAGCUUUGGUUCAAUAAUGUUUGUAACACUUUUUUUUCCUGAAUAAAUACAACUGAUUGACAAGCUAAAUGGUGUCUUACCACUCUGUAUUUUGCGUUA